UAUAAUCGGAUAUAAUAUGUAAGCUGUCUCAAAUGUUCUCAGUCAGUCGGUGUCGAGUGCUUGAGCAGUGAUAUUCUUCUUUAUAAAUUUAGUGACUGUUUUUUGUGUUUUUGCGUGUAACGGGCAGCUGAAAUAGUUGUGAUUGCUAUACAAUACUACAACCAAAACAAAGUAUUUCACCCAAUCACGGCCCUUGGUUAAGUCAGCUGUGAUAGCUGUGAUUGGUCCGUUGCUACAUCUCCGUGACGCCUGUCCGACCUUAUAAAUAUCAGAGCUCGCUCGCGCCAGACCUCUUUUCCACAGUGUUAUUUCAGGGGUAUCGGGUUAUUUUGGUGAAGCUAUCUCUAAUCUAGAAUGCCGGAGACCGCAAAAAUGAAUGGAUACGCAAAAACAAACGGACACAGUUAUGACAUGGAAGAUGGCUCAGUGUUUUUAUUUACAUCAGAAUCUGUCGGGGAGGGACAUCCAGACAAGAUGUGCGACCAGAUCAGCGACGCCAUCCUCGACGCGCACCUGCGGCAGGACAGCAACGCCAAGGUGGCCUGCGAAACUGUGACCAAGACCGGAAUGGUCCUGCUGUGCGGAGAAAUCACCUCAAAAGCCAAUGUUGACUACCAAAAAGUUGUCAGAGACACUGUGAAACACAUCGGAUAUGAUGACUCAUCCAAAGGUUUUGAUUGGCGAACCCUAAACUUGUUAGUGGCUAUUGAGGAACAAAGUCCCAACAUAGCGGACGGGGUGCACACCGACCGCGACGAGCUAGACAUAGGGGCUGGAGACCAGGGUCUGAUGUUCGGCUACGCCACGGACGAGACGGAGGAGUGCAUGCCGCUGACGGUGGUGCUCGCGCACAGACUCAACCAGAAGAUCGCCGAGCUGCGCCGCAGUGGAGAGUUCUGGUGGGCCCGACCCGACUCUAAGACACAGGUGACCUGUGAAUACGUAUUCGCGGGCGGCGCCACGGUGCCGCAGCGCGUGCACACCGUCGUCGUCUCGCUCCAGCACUCGGAGAAGAUCACGCUGGAGACGCUCCGCGACGAGAUCCGGUCCAAGGUGAUCAGCUCGGUGAUCCCCGCGCAGUACUUGGACGCCAACACCGUCAUACACAUCAACCCGUGCGGCCUGUUCAUCAUUGGAGGACCUCAGUCGGACGCCGGGCUCACGGGGCGCAAGAUCAUCGUGGACACGUACGGCGGGUGGGGCGCGCACGGCGGCGGCGCCUUCUCCGGCAAGGACUUCACCAAGGUGGACCGCUCGGCCGCCUACGCCGCGCGCUGGGUCGCCAAGUCGCUCGUGAAGGCGGGUCUGUGCCGCCGUUGUAUGGUGCAGGUGGCGUACGCGAUCGGCGUGGCGGAGCCGCUGUCCAUCACGGUGUUCGACUACGGCACGUCGCGCCUCACGCAGCAGCAGCUGCUCGCCACCGUGCGCAGCAACUUCGACCUGCGCCCCGGCAUGAUCGUCAAGGAACUGAACCUGCGAGCGCCAAUCUACCAGAAGACCUCAACCUACGGGCACUUCGGGCGAACGGGCUUCCCGUGGGAGAACCCCAAGCCGCUGGUGGUCGACUGACUCGCCCGCCGCCCCUAGUUACUGUACAUAGCCGCCGCGACGCGAGCCGCCAGCCAAUCACCGGACUCCGCUAGCCACGCCCCCAGACCUUAUUGGUCGAAAUAAGAAAGUUAACAACAGCAUACAGUCCGUCUAUAGAGUCGUGAAAACGGAAAUGGAACGAAACUAAUUGUUAAAGACCGUAUUUAAUCGAUCUAUUUACCUUUGUUUAGACACAAAUCCGUUAAAAGUUAUUAUCAAUCGAAAGUAAAUAACUGUCAAUGAUAAAAAGUCUUUGCGAAAUCGCACUCUUUAUUUUCAUGGCUUUUUAGCUGGACUGUUGCUUGCCAUUCGCCAUUAGGCCACCGAUAUUGACGUCUUGGCUAGAUGAAAUUUAAUAUACCUUGUAGAUAAUGUGGUUUGUGAUUGUAAGACGUCGACGUCGGUUGGCUAAUGAGUAAAUAUGCAGUAGUGUCACAAAUUAGAACUUAACCAGCCCAGUUGAUCAGUCUAGUCACAGCUCUGAUGAAAAAUAUGCCUCGCUGUUAAUGUAUGAAGCCAAAUAAGGGCCUGACUUACCUGAUGAUCAAUACGGUGUAUAUUGCGUUAGACUAGAACCACUUGUGAUGUAACGGUAACAGUUUAAUGUAGUUUAGAGCCGUGAUGUACAAAUAAGUGAAUGAGAAGUGGCACUACUGGUCCGGUGUAGGCGUCUCGCGGCCGCUCUCUGAGGCCUCGCGUCUCUCCCUAGACUAAUGUUACAGAAUCUCACUCUCGCAGCUGUCAGCUGUCACGGAGCUGUCACCUGUCAAGUUGACAGCUGCACCGCGGGGUUCACUUUAAGUAUUCUGUAGCUGUAGCCGCUCGCGCGAACAGUCCCUCGACGAUUCCAAAUGAAAUUUGCGUGUAUUUUUUACUAUUAUUAUUGCUAUUGAAUUUUAUUUAUUAUUGACAUGAUGUUUUCAGUGAUUAUGAUUAAUGAAUUGUUAUAUAUUUUAUGUGUUACUUGAGCGGUGGGCUGCCGCGCGAGCCUCGUUGUAAGUGCUAUGAACUAGUGUUAGUGCCCGCCGCCGCCGAGCACUCGCCAUUUUAUUUGUUAAGACUACUUUUACUAGCCAUAUGUUUUAAGUGUCAGUGUGGGUCGUGAGAGUGGGCGGCGGCGGCGGGUCCGGGUUUGAUGCUCGAAGCGACAUUACACGAUUUAGAUACUAAAUUGGAAACAAAUAUGUCAUAAACUUUAAAAGGAAUGACUGGGCCCAUACCUAACAACUAUAACCAGGAUCUAUUUCAAAGGGGUCUCGUUUUUUUUCAUGUAGCCCAGUGAUAAGUUUUUUUUUUUAAUAUAGAUUAGUAAUAUUCUGACAAAGCAAAUCGUACAAACGUUCCAUUCAUCUAACUGAAAUGGUGAAAAAAAUGUAUAUGAGAGUCUGAUAUAGAUUACUAUCAGACAUAUUGCACGCUUCAACUGUUUUGUAUUAGAAUAUAAUGUAUGUGGCCUCUCUAAAAGAGGGGCUGAAAUUGUCGCUUCGUGUAGCUCGCCCUAGGCAACGGCUGAACGUAUUUUGACGUCACGUGUAGUGUUUUUGAGCAAUCACGCCCGCGCCUCUUUGAUACCCGCUAACAAAUCCAAUUUACUUUCUGUGGAUAAUCGAUUUGUCAAAUGUGGAAUUUUAAACUAAUAAAAAAUAUGAGCGUUCCUGGCACAUUAUCGGGAAUUAA